AAUUCUAUGGUCCCCCAUCCUUCGUCACUCCGUUCCGUCCUUUCCUUGCGAUGUCUGUUCAACGGGUAUGGCCCGCGUCUCCGGCCGUCCAGAGAACAGACUAUCCUACCGAGAGCCGUACGGCGCUCCUCACAACCACGCUCCGAGUGCCACUGCCGGCCAGAAAGUACCCUUGUAGAAUACUUCGUCAGAAUGAAACUCUGACGGCUUUUCCAGCCAAUCAGAGGAGGGUAGCAUCGCGCGCGAUUGACGGUCGGGAUUGGUCGAGAAAUAGCGUUCGGGGUGGCGGAGGUGAGAGGAAGAGCCCGCCGUUCGGAAGGGAAAGAGGGGAAGGGGAACGUACCGGUACGGAGGGGCGGAAUGCGGUAGGGGAGGGGCGAAGAGGGACACUGUGGGAGAGGGGAGGAAGGGACAGAGACGAUUUGCCAGGGAGUGCGGUGUGGUGCAGAGAGGCAGGAGAGGGAAGGGAAGCGGUAGAGAGGAGACAGUUGGGCGGGGGACGAGGGGCCGAAAGUCGGCCGAAAGGCAGCAGUGGCAUCGGUCGAAAGCCUUCCGGUGUGAAUGCGUGGGUGGCUUCUUCGUGGGAGAGCAGAGGAAAUGGCGAAUCUAGAUCAGAUGCAGCUGAGGGAAGAGAUAAGGGAGGGGGGCAGAGGGGGGGGAGCAGUAGAGUGGACACGUGGGUGGCACCAUCGUGGGAAAGGAAAGGGAGCAGAACGGAGGAUGCGCCGGGGAGGGGGGCAGAACGGGGAAGAGAAUCAAGCGGGGGGCUGGGGGGAAGGAGCGGGAGAGUGGAGACCUGGGUGGCUCCAUCGUGGGCGAAGAAAGGGAAGAGGGCGUGGUGGAUGGAGGACGGAGAUGGGGAGGAUGCGGGUAAGAAAGGGGGGGGUGAGGAAGGUGGGAGAAGAGCAGGGUUGGGGGGAGAGGGCGAAGAUCCUGAGGAGGGAGGAGGAGGAAGCGGAGAGAGGGAGGCAGGAAGGGGUCGUUUAAAUGAGCAGUAUCCCUGGCAGGAUCCGCGAGUCAGUGAAUCAUUAUUUGAAUCAUCAGGUGAAUCGUCAGGUGAAUCGUCAGGUGAAUCGUCAGGUGAAACAUCACGUGAAGAAUUGCCGUCUGGUGACCAAUCAGCGUCAACAGCGGCGCAAGUGCUGGCAACAACAGGCGAGCUAACAGCAGCAACCGCAGCAACAGAAGAAGAAGAAGCAGCAGAUGUGGCUUUAAGUACUUCUGCAGCAAGGGAAAGCAUGCGGACAGGGGGGACUGCUGGUCACCCAGACGCCCCACAAGGGAAAGCCUGGGCUAUUGCACAAACCUCAGCAGCCCAUCCCAAAACCUCAACUCCAUACCGUCAGAAAGUGCCGGGUCUGGGCCUGCAUGGUGGUGGGUUGGCAUUGAGCCAGGGUGGGCUGGCAGGGCCUUCAAGCAGCCAGGAGCAGUGGCCGUGGGAGGAAGGCGGGGCAGAGGACAGAGGAAGAGAGGGGGUAGGUACCCGGGGAGAAAGUGGAAGGGGAGGAGACGGAAAGGGAGAAGGCAUCAAGGAAGAGGGCGCAGUUGACAAGCACGAACGGAGGCCUAUAAAGGCUACGGAAGAGUUGAGGCCAUUGAGCGAGAGAGCAUUUGAUGAGAGAAGGUUGCAGAGGGGAGAAGCAGCUACGCAAGUAGUUGACUCUUGGGGAGCGCAUGGUGCUCCUGCUGUGUUUUCUGAUCGCAGUGUGGCUGCUGAUGGUGGUGUUAAGAGUGUGUCCAACGGGACGAAAGCUGUCAGCUAUGGUAGCACCAGGAGCAGCAGCAGCAGCAGGAGUUCAGAUCGUAGCGGUAGCCCAAGUCGCACACUGGAGUCUUCUAAGCGUCCAAUGCUGAAGUUCUCUGACAACGGCAUCCCUGACUUGCCGCCUCCAAGCAGCAGCAGCCUGGAAGUUUGCCGCGACAGCCCUGUAGCCCGAGCGCUGCAGGAGAGGCGCAAGGUGGUGAAGGCAGCGCUGAUGUCAGCAUUCAUCGAGGUGAAACUGGGGAAGGUGUAUUCCAGGGAGCUGAUCCGGCAUCUACCUGCCUUCAUCGACCAUCUCGUACUUCAGGCUGUUGCCCUCAAGUCAGACCGGCACUACGCCUUCCACUCCUUCCCCCACCGCGCCGCCAUCGCAGUGCACCGCUCUGCACCGCACCUGCUGGCGAAGUGGCUCAAGCAGACAGCCAAGCAGACCUUUGCACGCACGGCUGCUCUCAUCACCCUCGCCGCUGCCAUGGGGGAGGGGGGUGGGAGGGUUGAUCCUUACGCUGUCAGAACUGACAAUGCCAGAAGUGACAAAGCUGCUGUAAAGGACGGUGCUGCUGCUCUUAUAGAAGGUAGUACUAGUACCGCUGCUGCUGAUUGCAGGGAGGGUGCUGCGGCGCUGGGCGUUGAGGGCGAGCGGAGCGCCGUGACUGUAUCGAGUGGGCAACAGCGCAGUGGAGUGGUGUGGGUGCGUGACUACAUCGAGUGGCUGCACCGAGCGGGGGUGAAGCAAGAUGUGGUUGGGCGCGUUGCCGUGCGUAACCCCACCAUCCUCGCCACUCCUAUACACGACCUCCAGGCUCGUGUGGACUACCUAGUGAACGAGGUUGGAGUGCAGCGAGAAUGGAUGGGGGUGGUGCUGAGUAAGGCGCCAGGCGUGCUGGUGGAUCCCUUUGACAAGCUUCUAUCGAAGGGCCGCCUGCUGCACGCUGUGAUCGAACCCCUGGCAGUGCUGCAGAGGGAGCAGUGGGAGGAGCGGGAGAGGAGGGAGAGGAGGGAAGGGGGUGGAGCGAGGGAGAGGGAGGAGAGGGAGGAGGGGGAGGAGAGGGAGAGGGAGGGGAGGAUGGGGGAUGGGAGGGAGAGGGAAGGAACGGAGUUGGAGAGGGAGGGGAGUGAAUGGGAAGUAGCAACAAGACCAGCAGCAGCAGCAACAGCAGCAACACCAGCAGCAGCAGCAGCAGCGAAAUCUGCAGCAGGAGCAGCAGAGGAAACCCUUCUAUCGUCACCAACAGCAGAAUCGCUCACCCGUUUUCUCCCCACUCUGGCUUCUCAAGACAUCCCAGCAUCUCUCCGCUUACCCGAGUCCUUUCAGCAGCACCCCUUACCGAAGAGCGUGGGGGAACUGGCCGGCACUGUGGUGUACAACCAUCCCCCUGUGAUGAGCGAAGCUGAUUUACCCAUGGAGGCGUUGCAGGCCAAGCUCGCCUUCUUCGACUCCCUUGGUAUAAAAGGCGCAGGCCUCGCGAAGGUCAUCGUACGCCGCCCACAGCUGCUGAGCAGCUCUCUGGACGCCACAUGGCAGCUGCUGAUUCGCUACCUGUCGCUGCUGGGGCUGACUAACGUGCAGAUAGGGGAGAUGGUGGUGCGCCAGCCUAAAGUGCUGCAGCUGACAGUCCAAGCGGAUGUGUCUCCCAAGGUCCGUUUUCUCCGCCUCAUUGGAGUUCCCGAGGGGGAGGUAGCGGGAGUGCUGCACCGCUACCCACCCAUCCUCAGCUACAGCCUUGACAAGAAAAUCAGGCCUCUGGUCCGGUUCCUCGUCGCCGAAGCUGGAGUCCCGGACCACGAGAUCUGGAAAGUAGUGGUGGCUAAACCGGACCUGGUGGUGUGCCAACUGGAUGGCAGGCUCCGUCCGCUAGUGCGGUUCCUGCUGUCGAUGGGAACUGUGAAGGAAGAUGUGGGGAGCAUGGUGGUUCAGUUUCCCCCUCUCCUGAAAUAUAAUCCUGCAAUCUUAAAGCCCAAGUGGCGGUACUUCUCAAGGACCAUGCGCCUCUCUGUCGACCAUCUAGUCGCUUUCCCGCGUUACUUCAGCUAUGCACUGGAUACCAGGAUCGCCCCCCGGCAUCGGCUGCUGCAGCAGCAGGGACUGUCCUUCAGCCUAAGGCACAUGCUGUGCUGCUCUGAUGCGCUCUUCCUUGAGCGGGUGAAGUGGGCGCUGGAGGGGAGAGGGGAGGGGAGUGGAGAUGGGGGUGAGGAGGAUGAAGAAGAGGGGGGAGGGGAGGGAAGCAGAGAGGAGAGUGAGGGGGAAGAGCAGGAGGAAGCAGAGGGAGAGGAGGAAGAGGGGGAAGGAAAGGUGGGGGGAAGAAGGGCGGGCACAGGGUAGAGAAGGACUCAGUCAUUCGGGGGCUGGGUCGUUGCCCACUGCAGGGCAGAAGUGUAGGGAAGGGGAGGGAAGGGAAGAGAGUGAUUCAUCCAUAAAUGCAAGAUCCUUGGAGAAAGGAGUGUGAUUCACGCUUAUUCGCCUUGGCCUGCAUCUGAAUGGACUUCUCCUUGGAAGAAACUUAUUGAGUACCGGUACUCAUUCACACCAGUCUAGUCUAAUGCCGGCCAGGCCAGGCCAGGCCAGGCCAGCCGACUCUCCAUUGUGCGUCUUCGCCUUGGUCUGCUGCUUGUUGACCUUCUCUUUGCCCUUCUCCAGCAGCGCGCAUGCAUGCCACACCGCAGACUGGUUAAAGCACAUCCAGAUCAGUCAAGCGAGAGGGACAACCAACCCACCCAUCCACUCCCUGUUCCCCAUCUUUGCCCUUGCUGUCGAGAGACCCACUGGGGUUGCCCUUGAGAUCCUCGCGGAAGGCUACAGGCCUCUAUGCCCAGGGGGUUGUGGGUGCACUGACCCGCUACUUAAAGCCCUUUGCUAAAAUUACACAGCUGGGGCUCACUUGAAACUUGUAUUUUUCCUUU